AUAACGGGAAUUCCCAUGGCCCGGGCUCCGGUGUCCAACCUGCUGCCGCCGCGGCCCUGCCGAGCGGAGCGAGCGCCGCGCGCAGAGCACACGCUCGCGCCCCAGCUGCCCUCCCUCGCGGUUCAUGACCGUGUCCUCUGAUCGCAGCCCGCGCGAGCCCCUGCCGCAGGACCGCCGCCUGCUCGCCGCCGCGAGGGCCGCCGAGCGAAGAAGGAAGGAAGGAAGGCAGGCAGGCGCGGUGUGCGCCCGGCGGAGCCCGCGACCCCUGCCCGCUGCCGGCUGCCCGGCCCGGCUGGCACCAUGCUGCCCGCGCGCUGCGCCCGCCUGCUCACGCCCCACUUGCUGCUGGUGUUGGUGCAGCUGUCCCCGGCUCGCGGCCACCGGACCACGGGCCCCAGGUUUCUAAUAAGUGACCGUGACCCUCAGUGCAACCUCCACUGCUCCAGGACUCAGCCCAAACCCAUCUGUGCCUCGGACGGCAGGUCCUACGAGUCCAUGUGUGAGUUCCAGCGAGCCAAGUGCCGAGACCUGACCCUGGGCGUGGUACACCGAGGUAGAUGCAAAGAUGCUGGCCAGAGCAAGUGUCGCCUGGAGCGGGCCCAAGCCCUAGAGCAAGCCAAGAAGCCUCAGGAGGCUGUGUUUGUCCCAGAGUGCAGUGAGGAUGGCUCCUUUACCCAGGUGCAGUGCCAUACUUACACGGGGUACUGCUGGUGUGUCACCCCAGAUGGGAAGCCCAUCAGUGGCUCUUCUGUGCAGAAUAAAACUCCUGUAUGUUCAGGUUCAGUCACCGACAAGCCCUUGAGCCAGGGUAACUCAGGAAGGAAAGUCUCUUUUCGAUUCUUUUUAACCCUCAAUUCAGAUGACGGGUCUAAGCCGACACCCACGAUGGAGACUCAGCCGGUGUUCGAUGGAGACGAAAUUACAGCUCCUACUCUAUGGAUUAAGCACUUGGUAAUCAAGGACUCCAAGCUGAACAACACCAACAUAAGAAAUUCAGAGAAAGUCCACUCGUGUGACCAGGAGAGACAGAGUGCCCUGGAAGAGGCCCGGCAGAAUCCCCGUGAGGGCAUCGUCAUCCCUGAGUGUGCCCCUGGGGGGCUCUAUAAGCCAGUGCAGUGCCACCAGUCCACUGGCUACUGCUGGUGUGUGCUGGUGGACACGGGGCGCCCACUGCCUGGGACCUCCACUCGCUACGUGAUGCCCAGUUGUGAGAGCGAUGCCAGGGCCAAGAGUACGGAGGCCGAUGACCCCUUCAAGGACAGAGAGCUACCAGGCUGUCCAGAAGGGAAGAAAAUGGAAUUUAUCACCAGCCUUCUGGACGCGCUCACCACCGACAUGGUUCAGGCCAUUAACUCGGCAGCACCCACUGGAGGUGGGAGGUUCUCAGAGCCAGACCCCAGCCACACGCUGGAGGAGCGAGUGGUGCACUGGUACUUCAGCCAGCUGGACAGCAACAGCAGCAAUGACAUUAACAAGCGGGAGAUGAAGCCCUUCAAACGCUACGUGAAGAAGAAAGCCAAGCCCAAGAAAUGCGCCCGGCGUUUCACCGAUUACUGUGACCUGAACAAGGACAAGGUCAUUUCACUGCCCGAACUGAAGGGCUGCCUGGGUGUUAGCAAAGAAGGGCGCCUCAUCUAAGGAGCAGAAAGUCCCAGGGCAGGUGGAGAGUCCAGGGGAGCAGGACGGACCGUCAGACACCCAGCCUUCAGCGUCGCCCACGGCCCAGCCACGCCCCGUGUAACAUAAGCGGUGCCCACCAUGUUUGCACUUUUAAUGACUCUUAACUUGCGUGUUUUGUUUUUGGUUUCAUUUUUAAACACCAAUAUCUAAUACCACAGUGGGAAAAGGAAAGGGAAGAAAGACUGGUUAUUCUCUCUCUUAUUGUAAGUUUUUGAUCUGCUACUGACAACGUUUAGGUUUUUUGGGGGGGGGGAGGGAGAGUGUCGUUGGGGCUGAGAAGAAAGAGAUUUAUAUACUGUAUAUAAAUAUAUUUGUAAAUUGUAUAGUUCUUUUGUACAGGCAUUGGCAUUGCUGUCUGUUUAUUCCUCCCCUCUCCUUGCUGUGGGCUGUGGGCACUCUGGACACAGGGUCCAGCUUUCUAGAACCCAGGGCUCCAUCCCCAGCCUACAUGGAUUCUGUCUGGAGACUGACACCUGUGUGUAUAUAGAGGGGAGCCCUGCGGUUAUAUUGCGGACUCCAUCAGUUCUUUUUUGGUGGGAGGAGUAUGCCACCUCAUGCCAUUUGUUGUCAACGUUGGCAAGUCACAUGGCCUUGUCCAAGGAGACUGGGUUGGGAGAGGCGAGGAGUCCCGGUUUGUGAGUAGCAGUAUAGGCACCAGCCUGGCUUGGCCCGAGUGUUCCUGCUGUCCUGACCCCUGGGGGCCCCGGGCCUCUGGGCGCACCAGUAUCUUAGUGACCUUCUGGACAGAUUAUCCACAAAGGGUCUGCUUAGAUCAGUUUAAACAUUUCCAUCCGUGUUUGGCAUCUACUCUGUGUAAAGCAUGGCGGGGGGUGGAGGCAAAGCAGAAAAAGACACACAGCAGGGCUUUUGUUGUCGUUGUUGUUAAGUAGAUGUUUCAUAUGACAGCAGUGGAGGGAAGAGGACAGACAGCCUGCACUGGGGGUGCAGUGCCAACAGGACAGCUUGGAGGCUCUGGGGACAUGGCUGUCUCAGUGCAGGGCAUCACGGGCCUGAGGGCAGGACGGGUCGGUCCCCUUGUUGGUAACACUACAGUUGUUUGUUCUUUUUUUAUUAUCCAAUGCUGAGAUUCUUUCUGUUCCCUUAAAUUUUCUUUUGGGCUUCCAGCCUUUGGGCCAAUUCUAGAAGUAACACUGAUCUUGGGUCUCCUCCUGCUGCCUCCCCUAGCAGGGCAAGGGUACCACGCCAGCUGUGGGGACACCCAGGCCCAGCUUUCCACCGGCGUCUUGCCAGGAUUCCAGUGUGGGCUGCCCAGCCUUUGGGUCAGAUGCGCAGCUUCCUUUGCCCAGGUGAUGUGUCCACUCGGGCGGCCUUCAGACAGGGUAGCAGUGACCCUUAGCGCCCCUUGCCAUGAGCAGCCGUGGUGGCAGUGAGGGAGGUCAGGUAGCCUGCACCAGUGCCCUCAUCUGAUUGCUCUUGGAAACCUGGCCUCAUCUUGUUUCCUAUCCCAGUAUGCCCGCACGUGCGUCCACCUUGGCAGGCUGGGUGUCCCAUUCCGGGGCUGGAAGGCACUGGCAGGGUGAGCGCUGCCCCGUGGGAGGAGCACGGCCCUGCGGGGCAUGAUCUGAUGGGGUGCUGGGCCAGGAGAAAGUCCUAGAGGUUGUCUCAGAGAUGACUGGCGGCCCCAUCCCACGUGGUAAGGUGGAAAGGAAGCCCUCUCCCGUUACCCCCGACCAGAAAACGCAGCGUGGAUGGACCUUGCGGGAGACUCCAGCCCCAUUUCUGGCCUGGAGGGGGCAUGAGCGCGUGGAGAAGGCGCCCGCUUGUAGAAGUCCAGAAUCUUCCAUAGGCAUCUUGUCUCUCACACGUGUGUGGGCUGUGUGGUGUGGUUUUCGUUUGUGAGGGAGGGAGGGAAACUAUUUGUAGCUUGUUUUAUAAAAAAUAAAAAUGGGUAAACCUUGGCA